UUAAUAGGCGUGGUUUAGACAUAAGUAUGACUUUGUGGCUGUGGUAAGUAGUGACGACAGAGGCGAGGUGGUCACGGAUAGAAAGAAUACAACGUUUGUCAAAUUAACGUCGAACGUUGAAAAGUGUUGCAUUUGAGCUAAAUCUACCCUCUUCCCUAACCGAAGCAUCCUGCUAUGUUAAUUCUCCUAACCUGCUACAAAAAGUAACAUCUCACAAAAGCUGAAUCCCUUCUAGCCAUGACUAGGCGAGGUCGAGGACAGUCGCAAAAAUAACUCAAACGUCUCUCCACAGUCUCACUCCCUGACAUCAACAGUUUUACGGCAAAUGGAAUAUGGCGGAAGGUGAAACAUCGUUAAACGGACUGGAGCUCAGUAAGAGAUGGCGGGAUGCUGCCGACUGCGGGGCAGAGAUGCUCCGCUUCGUGGUGGAGCAGGUGCCACAGAUCUACUGCCUGGAGGUGGAGUCCAACUCUCAGGAGGAGGAGGAAGUGGUGCAGAGCCGUCUUCUGCAGCCACUGGAGUGUUUCCUGUUCGGCGAGGACCCUCAGGCUGGCCUGGAGAAGCUCCAGCAGGGCAGUGCCUCCUCACAGCUUUGUGGACGUGUCUUCAAGGAGGGGGAGACUGUCUACUCUUGCAGGGACUGUGCGAUAGAUCCCACAUGCGUACUGUGCAUGGACUGCUUCCAGGACAGUGUGCACAAGGGCCAUCGUUAUAAAAUGCACGCUUCAUCAGGAGGGGGGUUCUGUGACUGUGGGGAUAUGGAGGCCUGGAAGACUGGGCCCUGCUGCUCCAAACACGACCCAGGGGCUGCCACUGCCAUGGAAACGGAUGAGUGUGUGUUAGAGCCUGGUUUACGUGAGCGUGCCCAGAAGCUCUUCCAGGUUCUCCUGCGCUACGCUACAGAUCUGCUGGUGUGGGAGGAGAGCUAUGAGCUAGCAGCAGAACUGCAGCCCAGGGUGAAGGAGGACACAUACUACUGUGUACUGUACAACGAUGAGCACCACUCAUAUGAUCAUGUGAUCUACACCCUGCAGCGCUCUGUUCAGUGUGACCACAGUGAGGCACAUACUCACACAGCCCUCAUCGACAAAGAGGGUCGCCGGGCAGUGAAGCGAGGGAAGCUCCGGUCUUGCCAACAAGCCAAGGACCUUAUCAGGUCCCACUCUGAGCACAUCUCCCUGCAGCCCUUGCGUGUGGAGAUCCUCCACUCUGCGGUCAUGGCCCACCAGAGCUUUGCCAUGCGAUUGGGCGCCUGGUUUCAGCAGAUCAUCGGCUACUCAGUGGGGUUCAGGCAGGUGUUCUGCCAGGUGGCUCUGGAGCCCAGCUCAGAGGGGGACCAGCCCAGCCUCAUCAGCCGACUCAUGCUGCACGACUCCAGGCUGUACAAAGGAGCCCGCAAGUUCAUCCAUGAGUUGAUCUUCUGUAGCCUGCUGAUGGAGACUGAGUACAAGAGGCACUUUGCCAUUGAGUUCACCAAGCAUUACAAACAACUGCAGAAGGACUACACACUUGAUGACCAUGAGAGGAGCAUAUCCAUUACAGCUCUAUCUGUGCAGAUCUUCACCGUACCCACUCUGGCCAGGCAGCUGAUUGAGGAAGGGAAUGUGAUCAAGGUGAUCGUUGACACCGUCAUGGAGCUGCUUUCGGAGCACCUGGAUGCCAACCAUCGCUUCCACUUCCAGGGGUACAACUCAGACAAGUUCUUCCGGAUCCAGGUGAUCUUCCACGACCUCAGGUACAUUCUGAUCAGCAAGCCCUCUGUGUGGACUGAGGAGCUGAGGACCCAGUUCCUGGAGGGGUUCAGGGUCUUCCUGGGGCUCCUCCACUGCAUGCAGGGUAUGGAGGAGGUGAAGCGGCAGUUUGGUCAGCACAUCGAGGUCGAGCCUGAAUGGGAGGCUGGGUUUUCUAUCCAGAGACAGCUACGACACAUCCUCGUCAUGUUCCAGGACUGGUGUUCAUCUGAUGAGACUGUUCUCCUCCUGUCCUUCAGGGAGUGCCACAGGGCGCUGAUGCGCUGCAAUAACCAACCCUUUCAAAGCGAGGCCACAGACUACUACAUGUGUAAACACAUCCUCCAUGUCAGCCCAUACAAGGUGUCCCAGGAGCCUGUCAGCAUACACCUGCCCAUCUCCAGGGCGCUCGCUGGCCUGUAUGUACAGCUGUGUUAUACAGGGGCAGUCAAACGCCUCCAUGAGUUCCUGGAUCCAGAGAGCUGUGACUUCACCUGGUUUGCGGAGCACCCUCUGCGCUGUGUGGUGCUGGCUGCCCAAGUCUCAGCUGAGAUGUGGCGCAGGAACGGCCUCUCGCUCGUCAGCCAGGUGUAUUAUUACCACGAUGUAAAAUGCAGGGAUGAGAUGUUUGACAAGGAUGUCAUCAUGCUACAGAUUGCCGCUUCCAAAAUGGACCCCAACCACUUCAUCAUGCUGAUCUUGCAGAGAUUUGAGCUCUUUGAUGUGUUCAAUGGAAGUCUCGCAAGCAAAGACCAAGAACUGCUGAAACAGUGGAACCGGUUAACAGAAGAGAUGCUCUACCUCCUCAUCAUCAUUGUUGGGGAGCGGUAUGUCCCAGGGAUCAGUCAUGUGACCAAAGAGGAUGUGACUAUGAGGGAGGUGAUCCACCUGUUGUGUAUUCAGCCCAUGGCUCACAGCAGCCUGGUCAAGGGCCUGCCAGAGAACGAGAGCCAUGAAACUGGCCUGGAAACUGUCAUUCCAAAAGUUGCCACCUUCAAGAAGCCAGGUGUUUCUGGACACGGCUUGUAUGAAGUGAAAAAGGAGUGCCUGCCGGAAUUCAAUCCCUUCUUCUUUCACUAUUCUAAAUCUCAGCAUAGCAAGGCAGAAGAUGCUCAGAAGAAGAGAAGAACACAGGAGGGCAGUGACAAAGCCCUGCGUCCCCCUCUCCCCCCUCCCUUUUGCCCAGCCUUCUCCAGCAUAGUGCAGCUGCUGUGCUGUGACAUCCUCAUCCACAUCCUCAGACGAGUCCUGCAGAGAGCUGUGGAGGACCGGGCCACCUACUGGACAGAGGCCAUGAUCCAGAGGUCCCUGCACCUUAUAGGCCAGGGUCUGUUGGAGGAGAAGGCCCAGUUGGGAGCCAGCACUGUGGAGCAGGUCACCUUUGACUUCAGCCUCAAAGCUCGCACGAUCGGCUCCGAGCAUAGCAAAUCUGUGUUCCACCUCCUGUCCAAGAUGACGGCUCUUCCUUCCUUGGAAGCCCAGAAGGAUAUGAUUAAGUGGACACUGCAGAUGUUUGAGAUGGUGAAGUGCCUUAGGGAGAAGUCCAGUCCAGCAGCCUCUAUGAGCGUGGAGCAGACCAAGCCAGAAGAGAUCGUCCCUGACAAAGACAAAGCCGAGCGGAAGAGGAAGGCGGAGGCAGCCAAGCUCCAUCGCCAGAAGAUCAUGGCCCAGAUGUCGGCCAUGCAGAAGAACUUCAUUGAGUCACACAAGAUGCUAUAUGACAACAUGCCAGAGAGUUCCCAGGGGGAGCCUGUGGCCUCCAGAGAGAGCUGUGCCAUGGAGCUGGGAGAGUUGUGCGUGGCUGUGGGGCCUCAACGGGGCUCCACCCCGGCUGAGAGGGAGGUGCUGACCUGCAUACUAUGUCAGGAGGAGCAGGAGGUCCAGGCCCGAUCUCCAGCCAUGGUGCUGACUGCCUGUGUCCAGAGGUCAACCGUGCUCACACAGUGCCGGGGGAAGACUCUGGCCAACAAUGAGACCAUGUACCCCCUCUUCAUGCCACCUGACCUGGCUGUGGGGACUCACACUGGCAGCUGUGGCCAUGUCAUGCACGCCACCUGCUGGCAGAAGUACUUUGAGGCAGUCCAGAACACCACUCGGAACCGGCUCCAUGCUGAGCUCAUAAUUGACCUGGAGAACGGGGAGUACAUGUGCCCGCUCUGCAAGUCCCUGUGCAACACUGUGGUUCCUCUCAUCCCCUUGGAACCACUCACACUCAACUAUGAGAAUGCAGAGCUGGUGGGACAGCUCCUCACCCUCCCUCGCUGGAUCCAGAUCCUCUCUGCCAGGAUCAAAGGACUCAAGUCUGUCACUCGUGGACCAGAAAGCAGUGGUGAGACUAUCAGUGACGGAGACACUGCCCUCUGCGGGGAAGGCGAGCCAGACUUCCGCUCCAUCCUCAGCUUUGGAGUAAAAGAGCCGAGGAAAUACUCUGACAGCAUAGCGGAGAUGCUGGUGGUAUGUGCCACCACGGUGCACAGGGUGGGGCUGCAGACGGGCCCUAACGAGCUGUGUCCCGCCGUGCCCGUCAUGUCCUGGAACACCUGUGCCUUCACCAUCCAGGCCAUUGAGAACUUGCUACAGGAAGAGGAUAAGACACUGUUUGGCUCUUUACAAAACAGACAGCUUGCGGGUCUGAAGGCUGUGGUUCAGUUUUCUGCAACCCAACGCCUCAAGAGCUCCCAGGCUGUCAUUCAGAAGCACUUCACAGACAUGUUAGGAGCCUUGCUACCCACCAUGAGUUCAGAGAGCACACCUUCUAUUCUAGAAGUAGACUUCUUCCACCUUCUGGUGGGGCUGGUGCUUGCCAUUCCAGCGCUCUACCAGGAGGAGGCGGUAGACCUGCAACCCUCUGCUGUCAGCUCUGCCUACAACCACCUUUACAUCCUGCACCUGGUCACCAUGGCCCACGUGGUGCAGGUCCUCCUCUCCUCCACAAAUGACACCGCAGUGUUUGGGGGAGAGGAGGGAGAGGCGGAGAGGGCAGCAGCAGAGCUCUAUGCCGCUGUGUCACAGUGUACCAGCGGACUGAGGUCAGAUGUGUCUGGGAGCUCAGUGGCAGACAGAGUGAGGAGAGGGGUCACGCCCUUCCUGCGCUGCGCUGCCCUCUUCUUCAAUUGCCUUACAGGGGUGCCCCCUCCAGAGGAGCUCUCCAGUACUACAGUUACAUCUCAAGGCCAGAUGGAGGCACUGUGCAGUUAUCUGGCAUUGCCCUGCGAUGUGUUCCAGCUCUUUCAGGAGCACCGUGGGACUGUCUUUCCCUUAUUACAGAGGUGGUGUGGGCACCCAGCUGUAACCAAAGCCCUAAAAGGGGAAAUGCAGACAAUCAGUUAUCCCAGGAAAAGAAAUCGGUUAAUUGAGCUUCCUGAGGAUUACAGCGCGCUCCUCAAUCAAGCCAGUCACUUUCAGUGUCCUAACUCCACAGACGAUGAGAGGAAGCACCCCACCCUGUGCCUCUUCUGUGGGACCAUCUUGUGCUCCCAGAGCACCUGCUGUCAUAGCCAGCUUGAUGGGGAGGAGGUGGGCGCCUGCACCGCACACGCUGCCACCUGUGGGGCUGGAGUGGGCAUGUUCCUCAGGAUAAGAGAGUGUGAGAUGGUCCUGAUGGCCAGUAAGACACGAGGAAGCACCUACCCAGCCCCUUAUCUUGAUGACUACGGAGAGACUGACCCACAGCUAGGGAGGGGGAACCCCCUGCACCUGUGCCCUGAGAGGUACCGGAAGCUCCACCAGCUGUGGCAGCAGCACUGUAUCCUGGAGGAGAUCGCCCGUAGCCUGGAGGUUGUUAACGUCAUGUUUGCUUUCGAAUGGCAGAUGCUGUGAGCCCAAGACCAGAUUAUGUGUGCUGCUGGGUAGGGCCAAGGUCUGGAGGCCACAGCCAGGGGCCACAGCCCACACACGUGUGUGUGUGUGUGUGUGUGUAUAUAUAUAUACAUACAUACACACACACACAUGCAUGCAUACAUACA